CUGCCAGGACUCUGAAAUAUUCAUCGGAUCACCGCUGCAGGGGCUACAGUUAAUCUGACACCCACCAUUGUGCAUUUAUCCCUGACAUGGGCCUGACUGACUGAGCCCUCACUGUGUCACCACAAUGCUGUAAAGAGAAACUGAAAGACUGAGGGUGAUGCAUGAAGAUUAGGAGCAAUAAUAAGUCAAUUUGUGAUUGAUAAAGCCAAUAUUUUAAAACCUUUGAGCACAGAUAAUAUGUUGGACAUGACCCUCGACAACCUUACUGCCACAUGUAUGAUCUACUGUUCUAGAAUCCGUGACACCAUAAGUUCUGUCAAUCCACUUUUGCCAUUAUUUACAGUUACACCUGGAUCAAGCCAUGUUCAAGUAUAAAUAUGGACUUCCGGAUUUCAGAAUUAACUCCAAACUGGUGCACGGUGCACUGACUUAUGCUGUUGCGAUUCGCUGCGUGUCUUUGGGAUGCCGCCAGUAGAGGGCAGUAGAUGGAGUCUUCAAAAGGGCUUUGGCAGAAGGACCCUGUGCAGCUUGCUUGCGGCAUUGUUAAUAACUGCUUUGGUGGUUGCAUCAUAUGUGCUGUCUGGAGGGAGAUCCGAUCUGGUCCAGGUGUUCUCUGCAUUCUCAUCUAGAGACUUUGCCUUCACAUCCAACCAGUCUGGUAUAGAGAGACCAAAGGGGGCUUCUCAGCUCAUCAAGCCCAGUCCUUUAAACCUGACAUACAUCACCCCUCACAUGGGGAUUUUGUCUCAAGAUGAAAGAGAGAUUCACUUAGCAGGACGGAGGAUUCCAGACACAGCAGAGCUGGAGCAAUAUGAACCACAUCUGUUCUCUGUAAUCCCACAUCAGUUCCUCCAUCUGAGUCGCAGCCCGUGCUGGUACCAGAAAUAUGAUGGCAAUCGCAGCAGUGAUCCCUAUGGGACAAACGCAUAUGCCUUAUACGCCAAGCGCUUGCAGACCAUAUUGGAAGAGAUGCGCCAAGGGUUCUGGGCAAGACUCCAACUUAGAAAGGGUCACCAGUACCGCUUGCGCUGUUUGCCCCACUUUUACAUCAUUGGACAGCCCAAAUGCGGCACUACAGACCUCUAUGACCGAUUACGCCUGCACCCCAACAUCCAAUUCUCUGUCAUCAAGGAGCCACACUGGUGGACAAGGAAACGCUUUGGAAUUGUGAGGCUGAAAGAACCUUUCCACCAGCCUUUCCCAGUGGAAGAUUAUCUGGACCUCUUUGAUUUGGCAGCACAAAAUAUUCAAGAUAAUCACAGAGGAGACACAGAAUUAGAAGCAGGGUGGAUGGAUCCCAUCCUCACAGGAGAGGCCAGUGCAUCCACCAUGUGGGACAACAGUGCUUGGUCUUAUUUCUAUGAUAAUGUCACCAACACAGAACCUCCAGUGUUAAUCCAAGACUUCAUCCAUUCCAUCCAGCCACGGGCAAAGUUUAUUGUCAUGCUUCGGGAUCCGGUGGAGAGGUUGUAUUCAGAUUAUCUGUACUUUGUGAUUGCAAACAAGUCGGUCGAAGACUUUAACGACAAAGUGAACGAGUCGCUGCAGAUGUUUGAGAGCUGCCUGCAGGGUUCCUCCCUCCGAUCCUGCGCUUACAACACUACCUUUGCAAACACACUUCCGGUGCGGCUACAAGUCGGCCUUUAUGUGGUCUAUUUGUGGGACUGGCUGUCCGUGUUUCACCUGGAUCAGUUUCUCAUUCUCCGACUGGAAGAUCAUGCCGCUAAUAUCUCACAAAGCAUGAGGCUGGUGUACACGUUCCUCGGUCUGGGGCCAUUGAGUGAUGAACAGGCGGCCUCCAUAACGCACAAACAAGCUUCCAACAGCCGUCGCCCAGAAGACUGCAGCCUUGGACCUAUGCUUCCUCACACCAGACAGCUCCUGUUGGAUUUCUACAGACUCUACAACCAGAAGUUGUCUCAGGUGCUUGCGAACAAUGCUUAUUUGUGGGAAACGUAAUAAAAAAGGAUUAUCUAAAUAAAUAUAUAUUUUUACCACUGCUGCAUGAUCAACUGCAUAUAAAGGUUUCGCUCUGACAUCUAGUGGCUGAUGUGGAAGUUGCAUGCAUCAGGCAGAAGCACGACUUACACGCCCUCUUUGGACCAAACUAUGGAACUGCAGUUUGAUGUGACGUCUGUUCUAAUGCAGCACUGGAUUACUUUGCAGAUGUGUUAUUCCUUUAAUGGAAUCUAAUAUACUUUUUAUGACUAUAUGGACCACAGCCAAGAAAACUGACCAAGCGUCACAAAGCCAAAAACAAAUAAAAUUUGUCAGAAUGAGCAAGCCUUCGUGGUGGGAGAAAGAGGAUUCUUAACGCACAGAAAAUUAUUUUUGUUCUCAAGCUGCACAGAAGAUUAAAUUAAUAUUUAAUUUGGA